CAAAAAUGAAUUUUGGUCAAAAAGAAUGAUUGAUGCCUCAUCAAAAUUGCAAUCCGGAUUUUUAUCUGGACAUUUUGCGGAUAUGGGUCAAUUUGACCAAUGUUUAGCUGUAAAGUAUAAAGUUGAUUCAAUAAGUGGUAAAUUUUGUUAUACAAAAAUAAAAAUACCAGUAUCUAGACGACAUGAAUUUUCGGAAAUUGAUAUUGAAAAUAUUGAGCCAAAAAUAAACAAUGCAGUUCAACCGUUCAUAACACCAAGAGCAAUCUUUAUGGGGGAUGCAAUUAUUUUCCGAUGGUCAAUUUGUGUUCCAAGUGGAUGUACAGCUGAAGAUGUUAAGUCUCAUUUAAAUUCAUAUUUUCAAUUACCAAGUAAUCCGAUUUUACCGGGUGUUAAAGUAUAUGAUGUAACUGAAGACGAUUGUCACAGCUUAGAGACAGCACCAAAGCUCGAUGGUGGUGAUUGGACAGUUAUAGGAAUUUUUAUUGGAAUUGCUUGUUUUGUCUUAUGCAGUACAAUUUAUGAUGUUUACUUAUAUUACACGGAAAAAGAGCCAAUACAUAAAAUAUUGAUUGCGUUUUCAUGGUAUUCAAAUUUUAAAUCUUUAAUACGAAUUAAUAAGAAUUCUGACCAGUUGCCAUGUUUAAAUGGUAUUCGAUUCUUAAGUAUUUUAUGGAUUAUCCACGGGCAUGAAUUUUUAACUUUUACGUAUCAAGAAUUAGUAAAUCAAAUCGACUUAUUCCACUGGAUUCAAAAAGAACCGUGGUCUUGGUUUACAAUGGGCAGCACAGUAUCAGUGGACACAUUCUUCGUUUUGAGUGGUUGUUUAUUAAUGUAUGGAUUUUUAAAAUCACAAGCAAAAAAGAUACCUUUUAAUGUUCCAUUAAUGUAUUUUCAUCGUUACGUAAGAUUAACACCUGCUUACUUGGCUGUAAUUCUAAUUUACUUAACAUUAUUAACGGAUAUGGGUUCAGGACCUAUUUGGAAUGACGCUGUUAACGGUUUGCAUACAACAUGCCAGAAAUACUGGUGGUCUGGUAUUUUAUAUAUACAAAAUUAUGUGAAUGCUAACGAAGAUUGUGUUGGCCAAACUUGGUAUUUAUCAGUUGAUAUGCAACUGUUUGUUAUUUCACCACUUAUUUUAUUAAGUGUUAAAUAUUGGCCUAAAUAUGUGCCAUAUUUAUUUUCAACAUUAGUAAUAGUUUUUACAAUAAUACCAACGAUCGUUGCAUGGCAGUAUGACUUAGGUGUAAUGAUAGGGGGCGGAGAUUAUUUCCGAGUAUAUUAUGCACAGACAUAUGCGCGUGCUGGUCCAUGGAUUUUAGGACUUUUCUUGGGAUAUAUUUUAUAUAAUACAAAAAACAAAGUCAUUAGGAUUAAUCGGAUUUUAGUUGCUUUAUUAUGGCUUCUUACUGCUCUUGCAAUGCUUUUUAUUGUAUUCGGCAAUUAUAAAGCGAUGCGAAGUGAUUAUGUAAGGCACGAAGCGUAUGAUGCGAUAUUCACUGGCCUACAUCGUAAUAUUUGGGGUCUUGCUAUUGGUUGGAUAAUUUUCGCAUGUAUGCAUGGAUAUGGAGGUCCAGUAAAUUGGUUUUUAUCAUUAUCUAUGUUCCAAGUUUUAGCGAAACUUACAUAUUCCAUAUACUUACUGCAUAUGGGAAUACAAGGUAUUCGCGCAGGAAAUGUUCGAAUAAAUACAUAUUUUUCAAAUAUGGCUGUGCUAUUUCAAUUCUUUGGAACAACUUGUAUAACAUUAUUAUUGGCAAUUAUAUGGGUCCUAACAUUUGAAUAUCCUUUCGCUGUAAUAGAUAAUUUGAUAGUCGGUGGAGUUGGUGGAAUGGUGACAAAAAGAUCUGAUAAAAAAGAAGUGAAAUAAUGAAAACCAUAACUUUGGAUUUACACGAAUGUACCUUAUUUUGAUAUUAUACGUAAAUGAAAAUUUCGUAAUAUGUAUAGAUCGUUCAAACUGAGCUGAGACUGUUCGAUAUAGCAAAGAGAUCAUAAAGUUAAAUACCAAUACCAUUUGGAAACCAUCUCGUUAGCCAUUUAUAAUAUAUAUCAAAUAAUGAGUUUUUAUGGAUGUUCUUAUGUAUAAAACAAAGAGGGGAUGUGUACUGUGUGUGAUGCGCACUGUAUCGUAUGUGUAAAAGUGAUGAGACACAUAUACAAAUACAGAUCAAAUGAUAUGAUUACACGCGCUUCACGCACAGUACAUUCCCACUUUGUUUUUUACAUAAGAACGCCCAUAAAAAAUCUUCUUACUUCAUAUAUUAUAAAUGGCUAACGAGAUUGCCAAACUGUAUAUACAUAUUCAUUACAUCUGCAUACUCUUUUAUUCCGUCUCAUUUCAUUUUAAACGACAUGUAUUUUAAAGA